CUUGACGAGACUUUGACUCCUUGCUGCUCCGACGAACUUCUUUUCUCUGGAUCUCGACAUUUGGAUCGAUGCCCUUGCAUAGUACUGUAUCAACAUCUCCGCAGCGACGGACUGGCCGUGCAAUAACUAGAAUUCUAUCCGAUGUGAUUUAUUUUGCGCGGGCCCGGUCCUCGCUCAGCCGGUUUCGACAUCGCGUGUGAAUUUUGUUGUUGGAGGUACUUGUUUUAUUUUCCUUCGCGAGGAGGAAUGACCGUGCAACAAAGAAGAGGUAUUAUAUGUGCACCUAUACGUAUAUAGAUCAAUUGCAGAGCCGGCGCACGCGAUCAGGCAAUCAACAGGCUUGUCAGAAAGUGUGCAGGUUCAUACCAAAGUCAUCAGCCUGCAACAACCAUGGACGAGAAACAUCAUUUUGGUGGACGCCUUUUGGUGGCGCUCUCCGCCUCCGGGUGCUGAGACGCCUCUUGGACUCCAAGAAACAGGCUUUUGUAAGGCUGCGCAGCCCACUAGCAGCAGACCAGUUUCAAACGGAUAUUUUUUUUGCCCUAAAAUUUUUCAAAAUUUCAAAAAUCCGCGUCGCGACAAGACGAUCCUGGAUGAGAUCGGAGAUCAAGCAAGCACUGGGGGACUUCGCAGUAGAUGAACGGGCGUAAUAUUCCAAGCAAAUUUAUGUCGCAGUCCUGCCUUUUAGAUGCGAUCUUUAAGCGCCCAUAUGUUGAGGCCCUGCUGGAGCUAGUGCUGUUCGGGUUUUCAAGCGUGGCAACACAAAAUCAGUGCUCAGGAUCCACGCUUUUUGUUUUGGCGCAUGAGAAUGCGCACCAACCUGACGCCCAGACUUGCAGAGGGUGUCUCGUCGAGAUGCCGUUUCGGAAUGCCAUCUCGAAAUGCCUUUUCGAAAUGCCUUUUCGGCAUGCCCUGUCGGAAUGGGUGAUUGGAAUGCCAUUUCGGAGUCGAUUUCUUUUAGAAUUCAUUUCGAAAUGGCAUUCCGGAGGAGUAUUUCCGAGAUUGGUCAUCCCUGACCUGCCGCCACAAGAGAAAACUUUCUAGAUUAUAGAGCACGGUGCCCGCAGCCGGCGACAUCGACGGCGCGACUCUUGGCCUGGUUUUUGGAGCCGUUUGCUCUGUAGUAGACUCUGAAGGUCCUGCAGAGGUCGCUUUUUGUAUGUUUUCUAUAUCGACACGCGAUCGGCAGCCAAAGCGCUUCGCCGGUAGCUUCUUUUCUCUUCCUAAACCGACUCCCCGGACCGGGCUCGGCGAGAGAUGUUCAUGCCGCAUCUUGGUCCCGGACACGCAGCGCAAGUCGGCCGUCGCAGUUGUGCAUCCUGGAAACCACCUCAAAGCCGCCUUCUCGAACCGGCGCGCAGAAAUCAAAAAUUUUUAAAAUUUUCAGAGCAAAAUAUUUUUUCGUUCGAGCCCCGGUCUGCUGCUAGUGGGCUGCGCACCCUUAGCUUUUGCGCUCUCCGCCUCCGGGUGCUGAGACGCCUCUUGGACUCCAAGAAGCAGGCAGAAUCUGUAAGAAGAACCAAUUUUACCAUAACUGCUUGCCAGCGCAACUCGGUCUCGCUGGUGCGGCCAGCUGAUCGUUUUGGUUGUGAAGAAGCAACCCUCGUGCGUUGGCGCACGUGCGUUGUCGUCGUAUUCUCUUGGCGUAGUGGAAUAAAGGAGUGUGGUUUUCAUCCG